CAGCUCAGGCUGGUGCCAUCCAGGUCUUUGGGCUCAAGCCCUUGCCCCUUGUUGAGGAACACAGGCAGAUAUUGGAAGAGGUUGCGUCUGUGUUGGUGUAAGAGAAGCCAUGCUUGGACAGAUGGACUUCGUCCUUUCCCAAAAGCCAUGGGAGAUGUUCCUCAGGACCCAGCAGGGCAAUUCCCACGCUGCAGUCUCUGCUAGCAAUUGUCCCCACUGGAGCAAUCCAAAUUGCACUGGCCUGGGCCUCACUUCUAUUACCGUAAGAUGGGAAAGCGGACAUGAUCGUGUAAAGAGAAGCUGGAGGAUUCCCCACUAAGAUCAGGAUAGAUGGGCAGAUGAUCAAAAAUGCAUUUAGUGCCCUGUGGAGUCAAGUAGAAAAUGUUUACAAGGUUUGAAAUUGGGCUCAGUGAUCCUUACAGGUCCCUUCUAACUCAGGAUAUUCUAUGGUUUGAAGGUCAGUUGAACUUUGGCUUUUGGAGCCAACAGCUGGCACAGGGUGGACCUUGUCUUCUGCAUCUUGCUUGCUUCAGCUUCCCUCGACCUCAGGUGGUUAAAAAUUUGGCUAAACUGAAACACAUGCAGUUUGUGUCCAACUUCUCAGCUUGUUCCCAGCCCAACGUGCAGUGGCCAGGACCCCAGUGGAAAGAUUAAGGCAGGGUGAAAGUGCUCUGGGGUGCCCAAUGGGUUGAGUCAGGGAAGAGGGAGAGGCUGGAAGCAGCGCAGCAUCUUGGGCAAAAAAACAAAGGCCAGGUGGUUCCUGCACGUGAUGUUUCUGAGUUUCCCUAAGUUCCUGCCUGCUGGAGCCUCAUCUGAGGUGCAGCCCUUGGAGCCCCAUGCCUUGAGCCGCUCUCAAUGUACGGGGGGAGGAGUUUUACCAGGUUUCAUUUCCGCUGCAAAAGAGGAAUUCCUGGAAAGCCUUCGAAUCCGAAGAUAAAAGGAGGCUCUUGCAGUGCAUCCUUCUCUGUCCUGGGGCCACCACCUUCUGAGCUGCUGAGACCUGGUUCCACUAAGGGACAGCACCCUGCUACUCAGCCAAGGUCACCCCUGGUUUGGCAUUACUCUGUUACAAUGGCAGAAGGAUGUUCCAGACCACCUGGUGGCAAUGAUGAUUUGCUGGAAGAGACUCCCAAGAAAAAGAGCAGGAGAGAUCUAAUUCUUGAGGAUGGGGAGCGAGAGACUCUUAAGAACUGUAAAAGGAUGCAAAGUGAACUAAAGACCAUCCUGGAGAAGUCCUCCCAGAAGCUGUCACAAUUCCUCCCUGUAUUCAGCCAGCCUGGGGCAAGAGAGGGGAUCCUAUAUCUCAGGAACCGCCUCACAAGCUUGAAGCCCGACAUUCUGAUGGACCCCAUUUACAUUGGUCUCUUUGGCAGCACUGGGGCAGGGAAAAGCACAUUGCUGAAUGCCAUCAUAGACAAAAACUUCUUCUUGCCAGUGUCGGGGAGCAGUGCCUGCACGUCCUGUGUGGUGCAGAUCAACACAAGCCGCAGUAAACAGCACGAGGCCAAAAUUCACCUGCUCACAGAUGAGGAGUGGAAGGAUGAGCUGAAGGGUCUGGUGGCGUUUUUGGACCCCAGUGAAGACAGUGAGGACAACAGUGAAAGAAGUGAGGCUGCUUUAAAGAUCUCUGCGAUCUAUGGGAAAGGAGCUGAAACUAAGAGUUACGAAGAGUUGUGCAGGAUGAAACCCAUCGUUUCCAUUCCCCCUUCAAGAUGUAUCAUCUUCAGGGAAACAACAGCAGAAAAACUUUCAGACAAAAUGUGCCCAUAUAUCCGGAGUCCAACCAGUGCAGUAGGAGAAAUGAAGAAAGAAGACACAAAAAUGCGGAUCUGGCCCCUGAUCAAAAAUGUGGAAGUGACUCUCCCGUAUUCACAAGUGAUUCCGGAAGGUGUUGUCUUUGUGGAUAUUCCAGGGACAGGUGAUUUCAACAGCAAAAGGGAUGAGAUGUGGAAAGAGAACAUCAACAAAUGCUCUGUCAUUUGGGUGGUCAACUCCAUCCAGCGGAUCCUGGGAGAAAAAAUCCAUGAGAUGCUGCUGAGAGAGGGCAUGAAGGCUUUCCAGAGUGGGAUGUGCAGGGACAUCUCCUUGGUGGCCACCAAGUCGGAUGACUUGAAUCUAGAGGAAUAUAGAUGGGAAAAAAAGAAAAAAAAUAUAAAUAAACAUGAUGCUAUCCUGGAAAGGAAUGCGGCUGUGAAACAGGAGAAGAGUAGAAUGAUAAAGAAAAAACUCGAGGAAAAGCUCCCAAAUGACUUGGAGGUGGUGCACAAGGCUGACCUUGUGUACACCGUCAGCGCCCGCGAGUACUGGCAGGAGGAGAUGCUCAGCAAGGAGGAAACAGAGAUCCCAAAGCUGAGGGAGUACGUCCGCGGGUUUUACGUCAAGCAGAAGAGGAACGUGCUAAUGGAUCACACCAUGGAGGCCUUCACUAUUUUCUCUCUCAUCUGUAGUCUCCAGGCCAACAAACAUGCUCAGUAUCAACUUGCAAAAAGAAAUCACUUGAGAGAGAUCAUGGUGCAGAAGAUUGCUGAUCUGGAGAAGGAUAUUAAGGAGUGCUUUCUGCCCAUCGAGCAGCCACUCAAGGAAGGCGUAGAAGAAGCAAAGAGGUCCUAUCAGACAGCUAUCCGAAGUAUCGUCAGUCGCAACCACGGGUACCAAGGCUACCAUCAGACCCUGAGGGCCGUGUGCCUGAAGAAGGGGGUCUAUGCCUCCCGCACCUUCUUCCGGAUAGAUGUCAACAGCUCCUUGGCACAGCCCAUCUACGAAAAGAUCGACAUGAAUUUUGGGAAGGUGUUCAGGAUCCAGAUGGGCACCUGCUCCACACUGAAAACCUGCCUUGAUGCUUUCAAAGAGGCCGUGCAGCAGGAACUACAGAAAGCCCAGACCAAACUGAUGGCUGACAGUGAGCUUAAGCUGGCGUUCCUCAAGCAGGAGGUACACUUGCCUUGCAAGGGGAGCAAGAGGAGAUGGAAAGGGGUGAAGCACUGCUUGUGUAGGACCUGUGGAGAUGACUUGCUCUGUUUGAAGUUCCUGGAGAGAACACAGAGGGAGAUAUGAGCAGUCUUCAACAAGCAUGACCAUCAGCAGGGUUAGGAGUUCUUCCACUCUUUCUUGAGUCCUGGAAUAAAACUUCCCAUCUUCAUGUUAAUUCAUAGCAGUGGAAAAACGAUGCCCACUGGUCAUCUGUUAAAUGCCACACUCCAGUUUAGGUCAUCGUUACGGGGUUAUUAGUAUGAAGUCGUUAGCUUAGGUCUUCUGCAAAAGAGCAGUGCUGCAGUGGCACAGCUGCCCAGGGGAGGUGGUGGGGUCACCGUCCCUGGAGGUGUUCAAAGAAUGUGGAGAUUUGGCACUGAGGGAUGUGGGCAGUGGGCAUGGUGGGGUGGGCUGGGGUUGGGCUCAGGGGUCUUAGAGGUCUUUUCCAGCCUGAAUCAUUCUAUGGUUGUAUGACUGUCUUGUGGGCAAGCACUUGAACUGAUUCUUGUAGACAGACUUCAUCGUCAGUGAGGCUGAGAAACUCGUCCUUCAGAAGAAAGCAGAGAUCUACCAGUCCCUUGUAGUAUCCAUUCAGAACGACCUGCUGCUCUGCU